AUGUCACAAAUGACGAACACGUCAACGGAAAAUAUUUCGACAUCGCUGUCGACGUCCGGUGGUGUUACCGCAUCGCUGUCACGAGUUGUGGAGCGUACUGUGUCGAUGACCAUCGCGUUAACCAACAGCAGCGAGGACGAGACGACGAGGCCGAUGCACGCCGGGUACAAAGACGGGAGCAGCUGCAAGGGACUGCACGGCAAGGCGCGCAAGGAGUGCGUCGCAGCGCUCAAACCCGACGUCAACAAGACGCUGCGGGAAGGGACGCGGACGGCACUGGCCGGACUGUUCGGCCAAGACGGGCCCCCGUCGUGGUUACCGUUUGCCGCGUGGUUCACGGGCCUGCUUCUCAUUUCGCUGGUGACCGCGCUGAUGGUAUGUCUCUAUCUACGGUCGAAGCGUCCGUCGCGUGGUGAGUAUGCGGAGAUUCCGGAUGAGACUGACAUGGUGGCGGUGGCGGUUGACAAUGCUCCUGCGGCAGCGAGCUCUGAGGGGAACUUGUCGCGGCAGCGUUUUUUGGAGUCGCGCCGGGCGGCAGCGCAGAAGUCCUAUGGCACAGAGAGCGCCACGCAGUAA